AACUGUCGAGUAGUUACGUGUAUUAUCAAUUGUUACUACUUUUUUUUUUUAUCUAUGCAAUAUUUUUGUUUAUAUUUUAUUAGCGACACUAGCGAAUCUGUCGACAAUAACGGAACAAAAGAAACCUUUAUUAUUUUUCUAUCAACUUGGCUUUCCUGGAUCGAAUCAUCGCAAGCAAACAGAAAAUGAUAGCAUCGAGGUGAUGAGUUGUCAAAUUAAAAGAAGUAUUUUCAAUUUUGGAUUAUUAAUACGAAUUGUUGUAUAAUAAAACUACAUUAGAUUCCAAUUGUAAAAUUUAUCAUUUAUUAGAAGUCUUAUAAGAAUUUAAUAUGUAACGAAAUAUCCACAGCUAGAUAUUUGUCAUGAUAUAAUUUAGGUUAUAAUGCUACGUUUAAAGAAAAAAUAUUUGAUCAUCGCUAUAAAUUCGUAAUAAAAUAAAAUUAUAAAUACUGCUGUCUUAAAUUUUUACGGCUAUUAUGGCUCGGCCCUCAUUUUCGGCACAAUGUGAUUCUGUUGCAUCGUACAUGGAUGGAGUUCAUGUUAAAAUUGUGGAAGCAUACAAGCCACCACGAAAAGUCGGUUUGCCCGCAGUGUAUAAUAAUAAAUUACCAGAUAUAUCGAAAUUAGUAUAUAAUUUCAGCUUAGAAAAAUCCGUCCUUGAAAAGAUGGCAGAAUGGCGUAAAGCCAGAGAAGCAAACGUUAAGGCACGUAUAGCUCGGUUAGAAGAAAAAAAGAAAAGAGAAAAGGAGGAAUCUCCACCACCACCUCCACCUCUUCCGACAGAAACAGUAAAACAACCACCAGUAAAAGUUAUUCCACCACCAGAAACUACUAUACUUACUCCUCAACCCUUGUCUCCGCCAGCCAAUGAUUUGCAGAAUCAUGUACAAGCUAAUGGACUUGACUUUGCAGAUUUUGAUAAUGAUACAAGCAGUCCUUUUGAUAAUAUGGAAUUAAAAACUAUUAAUGAUAUGGAAGAACUUGCACAGGUAUUGCAACCUACAUCGCAAUGGAUACCAUCUGCGAAGUUAGAAAAUAUUAUAAACGAAUUAACUAUCGAAGAACAGGCUGUGGUUUGUGAGGAAGAAAAAGAAGAAGAUGUAAAUAUUAAUGCACAAAGUGAAGAAAAUGCUGACAAAAACGUUAAUGUUAAGCAUCGCAGUGUAUCAACAAUUGUACAAGAACUUCAAAGGGAAUUGGAACGGCCCUCAAUGGAGAACUGGAAACCUUGGCUUGAUUUGGAGAGUCCAGAUGCAGAUUCGUUCAACAAACAUAAACACGAACGUACAUUAGUGUCAAAUAGUGUAAAUCAUACAAAUCCACUCUCGAAUUUAAAAGGAGAAGAUCAGAAAUUAGCUCAACAUCUAAGUGAUAUGGGAUUUUCUUUAUCACGAGCUGCACGUGCUAUAUGCGAUCUCGGUGGUGAAGACAAUAAAAAGGUUGUAGAAUAUCUUCUAGCUAUUCAGUCUUUAGAGGAGACUGGUAUGUCUGGAGAAGAUGCAGAAAAAGCACUUGCAUUAACACAUUAUGAUCCAAAUAAAGCAAGAAUAUAUUAUAAAAACUUAUGCACAUUGAAAGAUUUAGGAUUUCCAGAAGAUCAAGCAUCUAUGGCAUUAUUAAAAUGCGAUAUUGAUAGAGAUAGAGCAUUAGACUUUCUUAUUUCUUAAAUUGUAAUAGUUAGAUAUGGCUUAGGGAAAUAAUUCUGAUGUUAUGGAACUUCAAUUCUUGAUAUUGUAGGUAAGCUUGUCUUGUUAAAUUUAAGGAAAUUCUGUUUAUUUUUCAUUUAUGUACAAACAUUUGUUUUUGAAGUUCGAUGAUACGUAUUAUAUUGCAAUUAAGGAAAUAUGAGCAUUGAGACUGACAAAUAUAUCUAGUAUCGAAUUAAAUUAAAUUAAAAACAAAAACAAAAAAGAAACAAGAUUAAGAACAUAAUCUCUUUUUAUUUUGGUAACAAUGUAUAUACAAGAAUGAAUAAUUGACUAGUUAUGUAAAAAAAAAUAUCAUCAAUUUAUGCAAUACCAACGAAAAUUUAGCAUCAUACUUGAAUUAGCCAUAAAUUUAAAAGCACAGCUGAAAAGUUAAUAUGAAUGUAACUCUUAUGAUGAUGAUAUAUAUAUAUAUACACACACAAAUAUAUAUAUAUAUUUAAACUUUUGAAGAUUAUAUUACCUUCUAGAACAACAUAAAGCAAUAGUUGGAAUCGAAUAUAUAUGAUGAAUAAUACCAACAAUAAUCCAAGCUUCUGUGAAAAUUGGUUGUUGACAAUGAGAAUUUACACAAAUAGUGGCUGGUCCAUUUAUCAAUAGAUUAUAUGAAGCACAGUUAAUAGAGGACAUUAAAAAAUCAAAAUUUCUUUUAGUAUUUUGUUUAUAAACAACUUUAACGUUUAUAGGAGAUGUAGAAAUAUUAAGUAUAUGCUUAUACCUAAAACAAAAUGUUAUAGAUUCAUUUGUAGUUUCAUUUAUAAUUAAUUGUGUAUAAAGUUGCUGUAAGUACCAAUAAUGUAUUGCAUACUUUAAUCUGUAAACUUUUCUAAGGGCAAGCUCCCACAAAGAAACAAUUUUGUUUUCAUUAACAUUGUGAAUCCUUAAAAUUUGCCUUGGUAAUUCAAUCACUAUAUUUUUGUUGCAUGAUGCAUCUAUUUUUAUAUUUAAUUUGAUAUUUGCAUUCAAUGAUUGAUUAUCAUCAUAUUUUAAUUUGAAACAUCUGUAAUAAACAUGGAACAAGUUUUACAUUUUAAAUAAGCAGAAUGAAAAGUUAUUAACGUGAAUAAUUUCUAUAAUUGAUAGAAUUGAAAUAAGUUGGGUACAUAUACUUGCUUAUAGCCUAGGAUAUUCACUGAAUCACCAGUAACUGAUGUGUGAAUUUGAUAAGCCAAUUGGAUGAGGACAGGAUAAGAUAAAUAAUUUAAAUAUUCAUUUGCAUCAAAUCUUAUGCAAGGAGAUGACAAGAAACCAUUUAAUGGUAAAUAUUUUAAUCUGUAUCAAAAAUGAUUUAUAUUACAAAGGAUAAUAUGAUGGAUAUAUUAGAAAUUCUAAUGCAUGUAAUUUCCGAUGUCUGUGUGCAUGUGCAUGAUACAAUAGAAUGUAGUAACCUGUUUGAACACACUGAAAUCACUGAUACUUUAGGAGCCAAUGUCAAUCUAUUAGGUAGUUCCUUUAAAUAAUUAUUAUCUGCAUUUAAUUCUUUAAGCUUUGGUAAUGAACCAAGCCACUCUGGUAAUGCUACAAAUUCAUUUCCAGAAAGAGAUAAUACUUCCAGAUUAUGAAGUUGGCUCAUUUCUGUUUUGUAAAUUGAGGACAGUGCACUUUGUAUUAUAAGAAAAUAAAUUAUGAGCUCGCAUUUA